UCCAUCUCCUCCAUUUGCACUCUCUCUUGUGCUCCCUGCCUGCAGCUCCUGGAGCUGGAGUCCCUUCCCAAAGACGUCACUCGCUCUGCCUACACUCAGCGCAUCCUGGAGAUAGUCAGCAACAUCCGCAAGCAGAAGGAGGAGAUCACCAAGAUCCUGUCUGACACCAAGGAACUCCAGAAGGAAAUCAACAGCCUAACCGGCAAACUAGACCGGACUUUCGCUGUUACCGACGAACUGAUUUUUAAGGAUGCCAAACGAGAUGAGGCCGUGAGGAAAGCAUACAAGUACUUGGCUGCCUUGCACGAGAGCUGCAGUCAGCUGAUCCAAACAAUUGAGGACACGGGCACCAUCUUAAGGGAAAUUCGGGACCUAGAGGAGCAGAUCGAGAGCGAGACCAGCAAGAAAACCCUGGAGGCAGGUGGAAGGGAUCCUCGCGAAGACUACCGGGCUCUGACGGAGGAGCUCACUAAGCUGCUGGGCAUUACCAGGGAGACAUGUGAAUGCUGUACUGGCCAGCCCCCCCCUGCCAGGGAGCUGUCCCCAUUCAGACUCUGCAGUGCCUCUGAAGCUGUGAGGGCGUGGGGAGAGAGCCAGCCUCGCCUUUCCAGCCUCGCCAGCCUUACAGAAUGGCCUAAAAACCCAGCCGAAACUCAGCCCGUUUUGCGGGGAAACGUUGCCCCCGGUUCAUCCUCCUGCCAUAGAUUGGACAUUGAAGAUGUCUGGCGUGGGAAACCAGGGAUCGGUUCCAUCCCUUAUUGAUUGAUGCCAGCGCCUCUUUCAUGUCCCUUCCACCACCCCACCACCCCAAAAAUAAAGCCCCCCUUCUCACUUUUUGCAGAA